CGGAAGCCGACCUCUCCUGCCCCGGAAGUGCAAGUCUGGAGGUCGUGCAGGUGUGGAUUCCGCCGGCGAGGCGGGUUUUUUCGAGAUGCCGGGGGCUGAGGCCAAGGGCUCGGAGUUGUCCGAGAGGAUCGAGAGUUUCGUAGAAGCACUGAAGCGGGGCGGCGGGCGGCACAGCUCCGAGGACAUGGCCCGGGAGACCCUGGGGCUGCUGCGCCGGAUCAUCACGGACCACCGCUGGAGCAAUGCAGGGGAGCUGAUGGAAUUGAUCCGCAGAGAAGGCCGGAGGAUGACGGCCGCUCAACCCUCAGAGACCACUGUGGGCAACAUGGUGCGGAGAGUGCUCAGGAUCAUCCGGGAGGAGUAUGGCAGACUCCACGGACGCAGCGACGAGAGCGAUCAGCAGGAGUCCCUGCACAAACUCUUGACAUCCGGGGGCUCGAGCGAGGAUUUCCGCUCCCAUUAUGCUCAACUCCAGUCCAACAUUAUUGAAGCAAUUAAUGAGCUGCUUGUGGAACUGGAAGGGACAACGGAGAACAUCGCAGCCCAGGCUCUGGAGCACAUCCACUCCAAUGAGGUGAUCAUGACCAUUGGCUUCUCCCGAACAGUGGAGGCCUUCCUCAAAGAGGCUGCCCGAAAGAGGAAAUUCCAUGUCAUCGUGGCAGAGUGUGCACCUUUCUGUCAGGGUCAUGAGAUGGCAGUCAAUUUGUCCAAAACAGGUAUUGAGACGACUGUCAUGACGGAUGCUGCCAUUUUUGCUGUUAUGUCAAGAGUCAACAAGGUGAUCAUUGGCACAAAGACCAUCCUGGCCAAUGGUGCCCUGAGAGCUGUGACAGGAACUCAUACUCUAGCACUGGCAGCAAAACACCAUUCCACCCCACUCAUCGUCUGUGCACCUAUGUUCAAGCUUUCCCCACAGACCCAGUGGAGGCUGGAAAAAGCCACAGAAGUCUUGAUCCAGGAAAAGCCAUUGAUAGUUACAACCUGUCAGCUUCAGGAAGUCAAAAUUGUAAGGUCAGGACAAUAUGCAGUUGGGGAAGGCCCUUUGUUUACAUUGCCACCACUCGCUGACACCAUUUCUGAAAAUGCCAAUUCCCCAAUGAAGAAGAUUCAUUUCACAAGUUUGUGGCUCCUGAAGAAGUCCUGCCUUUCACAGAAGGUCUUCAUUUUAUAAGGAAAAGUGAACAUGGAAGUAACAUCACUGCCAUUCUAGUCCAUGAAAUACCUCCCUAGGUCCUCAACUAACUCUACAACAUUUGGGUUUUUUAUUACUUGACCACAGGAGUAAAGAUUUUUCUGGUAUUUUACACCUUGGGGAACAGACUGCCUCAUAUGAGAAAAAUGGGUAGCAAAGAUUAAAAAGCACAUAUUGACUUUGGAAGAAUCCAUAACAAAUCAGUGAUACAGGUUGCCUCUGGGGAGAGAAACUAGGUUGGAUGAAGGGCAAGGGUAGAAAAGAGACCUUAUUUUAUUCCCUUUUGUACCUUUCAGACUUGAGCCUAUUGGAUUAUACUACCUAUUCAAAAACAAAUUAAAUUUUAAAAUAAAAACAAUAUAUUGGACCUUCUGAGCUGCUUGGUAGUCUCUGCCUGAUGGACUGUGAAGGUAAACCAAGAUCACAUGGGCAUGUGGAGGGGCGUAUCUUUGUGCUGAAAGUUGUAAUAAAGUAGCCUUAUCUUUAGGGUUGAUGAUAAGGAUACAGCAAAUAUGCCUUUGACCAUGUGUUAAGACCCACAUGUUUGAAUUAGUAAAGUGAACUACUACCUUCUUUCAGUUAUAAAAGAAGCCAUACCUGCAGGCUUCAGCUUCAUUUUUUCUUUACAGUUUUUUUUUUUCAGCUUCAUUUUUUAAAACGUACAAUUCAUCUUUUUUCACAACAGUCACAGUUAGAAAAACUCUUUCAGGUACAUUAACUCUGCUGGGGCGUCUCGAAUCUUUCCUAGUCCUCAGCAGAUCCUUACCAAUGGUCAGCUGCUCCAGUCGGAUGCGCUCAUGGGCAGCAUGCUGGUCCACCAAGACUAGCAGGUUUCCACCUAGAAGACCAGCAAGCACCACCGGCUUUCAAAUUCUCAGGUCAAGAUUAAAAUAAUCAUGUUGCGUUGAGGGAGAAAAAGCUUAAUUCAAACUAUUUAACAACAUGAGCAUAAGAGAAGCAUACAAACUGAGCAAUAACAACUGUAUCUUUUAUUUCCUACAAAGUUAAAGUUAUGGGAAAAACGAAAACAAAUGUAUCCCUGAUGAAAAACUCUUUAGUUCAUUAGUAUUUCAUUUCUAAAACAUGGUGAAAGCCCUACAUUCUUAAUGUUUAAAUACUGAUUUUGCUUUAUUAAUUCAAAUUUGAUACAAUGAAGGAUCAUUAAACCACACAUUUUAUAGUCAGCUGACCUUGAUUCGCAAGCUGCCCCAGAACCCAUGAAGCAUUCUACUACACUUCAGAUCACAGGUCAGCAAGAUUUUUCUGUGAAAUGCCACACAGUAAAUAUUUUAGGCUUUUGGGACACAUGGUUUCUGUCACAACUACUCAAAUAUUCAUUCUGAACCAAAGCUGCCAUAGACACGUGAAUAUUGUAGCUGUGUUCCAAUAAACUUUUUACAGACACUGAAAUAUUAAUUUCAUAUAAUUUUAAUGUGUCGAAAAACAUAACUCUUCCUUUGCUCUUUUUUUACUAUUUAAAAGUGUAGUAUACCUGAAACUAAUGUAACACGGUAAAUUAACUACAGGUCAAUUAAAAAAAAAAAGUAAAAACCAUUCUUAUCUCCCUGGCUGUACAAAAACAGGUUAUGGCUGGAUCCGGCCCCCGGGCCACAGUUUGCCUAGCUUUAGACUCAGGCUUUGCAAACUUUGAACAGCAGACAAAUCACCUGGGGAUCUUAUUAAGAUGCAGAUUCUGAUUCAGUAGGUUAGGGGUAGGACACAAGAUUGUGCAAGUCUAACAAACUCCCAGGUGAUGUUAUUUACAGACCUUGAUUUUGAGUAGCAAGGCUUUACACUCUCAGGUACAAGAGAGAAGCAGAAUGUCCUGACCCCAAAGCCAAACCUACAGGGAAAUAAAUCCCUUUCUCACUGACAGGAGGACUGAUUCUCUAUUACAUUAGUACAUCUUUUUAGCUUGUAAUUUUAUUACUUUUGGCCAAAGGGUUGAGGUUUAUUGUUACUGAUUAUAUUGAAAUAA